CAUCGAUAUUGUAUCGCUUGAUAUUAUUGUAAAAUGGGUUGAAAAUGAAAAAGAAACAACAUCGGUUGUGAAAACAGUUUAAAAAUUAAUGUGAGAAUAUAUAACAAUGUGAUUAUGGUAGCUAUCAUGACAGGAUUACUUAUAAUAUUUUGGCUUCAGUGCACAGUGGUUUAUGGAUUUGAUUUCAUAUCUCAAUAUCCUAUGCACUCUAAUGAAACAUUCUAUUUCAAUCACUUAGUUGUAGACAAAGUCAGUGGCCAAGUUUACGCCGCCUCUAUAAAUUGGCUUCAUCAGCUAAGUCCCGAUUUAAAGCCUCUACACGUAAUUCGGACUGGGCCCAAACUAGAUAACCCGACGUGCCAUGCCAGUGGAUGCUCUUCUUCCGAUAUCCAAACAACAUGGAUCGACAAUGUAAAUAAGAUAUUAGUGAUUGAUCAAGAGUCAAGAAUAGUUAUAGCAUGUGGUAGUGUGGCCCAAGGUUCAUGCUCUUUGUACAAGCUGGGUGAUUUGUCUGCAGACCCUGACUUUAUUGCUGAAAGUGUUGCAGCAAAUGACGCUGAUGCAUCUACUUAUGCAUUUAUAGGUCCUGAAAGAUAUAAUUCCUGGGAACGGUCUAAUGCCCUUUAUGUUGGAACAACUUUUACAAAUAAUGGUGAUUAUAGGCAUGAUGUUCCUGCUAUUUCAAGCAGAAAUUUAAUGUCUCUACAGCUGGCACAGUCUACAUUUGCUAAACAGAGUUCAAUACAAAUAGAUGUUAAAUAUAGAGACAACUUUUUAGUACAAUAUGUUUAUGGAUUCAAUGCUAGUGAUUAUGCCUACUUUCUCAUCAUCCAGAAGCAUUCACAUCUUGCGGGAAAUGAAGAACUUGGAUAUGUGUCAAGAUUAGCUAGGACUUGUGUUAAUGAUGACAACUAUAAUAGCUAUACUGAGAUUACUUUAGAGUGUCAUGUGAGAGAAGUUACAAGUGAAGGUAAGAGUGAAAUUGUCAAUUAUAAUCUAGUACAAGAUGCAAAAAUUGCUAAAGCUGGUAUUAAUCUAGCAAAUCAGUUAGGUAUAGAACCAGGUGAUUAUAUUCUUGUAGCAACUUUUAGUCCAUCAAAAGGUAUUAGUAAUGAGCCCAUGUCAAAAUCUGCAAUUUGUGUAUUUUCCAUGCAGGAAAUAGAAAUCAAGUUUAAUGAAAAUGUUCAUAUGUGUUUUAAUGGCAGUACUAAGGCCCGUAAUAUGGGUUACAUAUCUGGUAUGAUAUCAGAUGGUAAAUGUCCUAGUGUUGGUUCAGUUGGUAAUAUUCUUAACUUUUGUGAAGUAGGAUUAAAAAUAAGUGGUCUAUAUCCCAUUAAAACAAUGUCUGUGCUUCAGUGGAAUGACACUUUAACUACAUCUGUUACUAUGUCUGUUACCGGAUUACAUACAGUAGCUUUCCUUGGGACUAGCAAGGGUAGUAUAAAAAGAGUAUUAAUUGAUGCUGAAAAGGCUUUACAAUAUUCUAGCGAAGUUCUUUUACCUGGUCAAAGAAUACUUCCUGAUACCACUUUAUCCCCAUAUCAAAAAUCAAUUUAUGUGAUAGCCAAAAAUUCCAUAAUUCAAAUAUCUACAGAAAAAUGUGCAGAUUAUAGCAAUUGCUCUUCAUGUUUGGAAUCAAAUGACCCUCAUUGUGGCUGGUGUUCAUUAGAAAAACGUUGUACCAUACAAAAUAUGUGUCAAAAAGGUACACAAAGUGCUCCUAGAUGGCUAUCUCAGUACACUGGUCAGCAAUGCAUUGACUUUGAACAAAUUUUACCAGAUAGAAUAUCAGUAAAUGAAGUGACUACUGUUCAAUUAGUUAUAAGAACUUUACCUGAAUUACCAUUUGGUGCUAAGUAUAAAUGUGUCUUUGGCAAUGCACCUGCAAUUGAUGCAGCUGUUACUUCUAGCGGUCUUGCAUGUCCAACACCAGAUUUAAAACAUAGGCCAAAAAUCUCGCCUAAUCAAGAUCAUGUUUAUGUUCCGUUAUCAGUUCAUUCAUCUGAAACAAAUAAAGAUUUUGUUUCUCGUAAUUUUGCUUUCUAUGAUUGCUCCAAACAUACAACAUGCCAAAGCUGCAUCAUGAGUGAGUGGGCAUGCAAUUGGUGUAUUUAUGAUAAUAAGUGCACACAUGAUGUUUCACUUUGCCAAAGAACAAUCAUAUCAGGGGAAAAUAAUCCAACAAAGUUACUUAAUCAUGGUAUUGGACACUGUCCCCGAAUCAGACAAUACAAAAAACCAAUUUUAUUACCAAAUAAUGUACCAAAAGAAUUGGAACUUGAAGUUGAAAACCUGCCACAUUUACAACCUGGACACACAGGAUUUCAGUGUAUUGUUAGUAUUGAAUUGGCUAAUAUGAUUUUACCAGCAAGAGUUGAAUCAAAUCAUUUUAUUGUUUGUGAUAAAACUAUGUAUUCCUAUGAAGAGGAUGUUGGUGAAUAUAAUGUCAGUGUCAAAGUUUUUUGGAAUCAUAAACAUUAUAUUGAUACUAUAACAAUUACUUUAUAUAAAUGUGAAAUACUGGGAUCACACCGAGAUCAUGCAGAUUGCUCUCUUUGCAUUACACGAAACACAGUUUAUCAGUGCACCUGGUGUGGAAACUCUUGUUCAUAUAGUGACUCGUGUCUUGAGAAUCCAGUAACUGAAUGUCCCAAACCUAGAAUUGAUAUGAUCAAACCAUUAAGUGGACCAAUUGAAGGUGGAACAAUCCUCACCAUUGAAGGCAGCAACCUUGGUUUGCACGUAGAAGAAGUAACAGGAAAAGUUCGCAUUGGAGAAGUUCUUUGUGAAAUAGUAGAUUUCGAAGUAUCUGUGAGUAUUACGUGCAAAACUGGGCCAUCUAAUUCUUCUGCUGUAGUACCAGUCAUUGUUGAAAAUGACUCUGGCUACACAGAAUCAUCAGUAUUUUUCAGUUACAAAAAUAUAAAACUACAAGGCGUUUAUCCUACCUUAGGCCCUGUUGCUGGUGGUACUCAGUUGGCAAUUGGAGGACAACAUCUCAAUAUUGGAUCCAAAGUCUUGGCAUAUCUUGAUGAACUUCCUUGUCCUGUAAACAAGACCCAAACUUCAAACAGUAGGCUAAUAUGUGUAACUCCUAAAGUAAAUAAUCCUCUUAUAAUACAUACCAUUACAGUUUCUAUUGAUAAUGCAAAUCGAACACUAAAAGGAGACCUUUUUAACUAUACAAUUGACCCAACAAUUAUGGAGAUUAAACCAUUAAAAAGCUUUAUAUCUGGAGGGAGAAUGAUAACAGUUCAUGGCACUAAUUUACACACAAUACAAAAGCCUUUAAUAAAGUUAUAUUAUUCAAAUGAAGAUAUACCAGUUAAUUCUACUUCCUGUGUUGUUCUGAAUUCCAACCAAAUGGAAUGUCCAAGUCCAGCUAUUAAUAAAAAAUAUAAUGAAAUCUUACAAGCCACAAAAUCUCAAACCAAUACUCCUCAGAUUGCUAUGAAAAUUGGAUUUGUAAUGGAUAAUGUAGAAACUAUGCAUGAUUUAGAAAAAUAUUUUAACCCACCAAGGACCCACAUGGUUUAUGUAGAUGAUCCUCAUAUCUAUCAAUUUCCAAAUAGAAUUAAAUCUUAUAAAGACCACCAUGACCCGUUAGUUAUAGAAGGAGAGAGUUUAAUUAAAGCUAGUGAUGAGUCUGACGUUGUUGUAACUAUAGGUACUCAGCCAUGUAACGUUACAAGUUUAACAAUGCAGCAACUACUAUGUACUCCGCCUGAAUUACAACCUGCAAGUACUGAUGAAAAUGGAUUUCAAACUAAUGAAUUAAACUUGCCUUUAGUUGUUGUUAAAAUUGGUAAAAAUUUAAGAUUUCCUAUAGGGUAUCUUCAUUAUGAGCUACUAAGAAAUUAUAAUUUUCCUCCGGAAGCCAUUGCUGCAAUUGCAGCUGGCACAUUCUUCUUGGUUUUAAUAUUUAUGAUUGUACUUGUUAUGUACAGAAGACGUAGCACGAAAGCAGAAAGAGAAUAUAAACGCAUUCAAAUACAAAUGGAUACUCUUGAAAGUAAUGUUCGAUUAGAGUGCAAAUUAGCCUUUGCAGAGCUUCAAACUGAUAUGUCAGAUUUAGCAGCCGAUCUGGAACAUUCUGGGAUACCAACACUUGAUCACGUUAAUUAUGUCAUGAAAGUAUUUUUCCCCGGAGUGUCUGAUCAUCCAAUUCUAAAUGUCCAGCGUCAGUUCAUUAAUACACCCAGAACGAACUACGAUGCAGCUAUGUUUCAAUUUGAACAACUGUUGAACAACAAAUGUUUUUUAUUGUCAUUUAUUGACACAUUAGAAUCUCAGAAGUCAUUUAACAUACGAGAUAAAGUUAACGUCGCUUCUUUAUUAAUGAUAAUUCUAAUGGGAAAAAUGGAAUAUGCCACGGAUAUAUUAAAAUCUCUUUUAUUGCGACUCAUUGACAAAUCGGUGUGUAAUAAACACCCUCAGUUGAUGUUACGUAGAACAGAAAGUGUCGUCGAAAAAAUGCUUACUAAUUGGAUGGCAUUAUGUAUGUAUUACUAUUUAAAAGAUUACGCAGGAUCAUCUCUUUUCUUAUUAUUUAAGGCUAUAAAACAUCAAAUAGAAAAGGGAGUAGUAGAUGCUAUUACUAAUGAAGCACGAUAUUCUUUAUCAGAAGAAAAACUGCUUAAAGAACAGAUUGAUUACCAAAUAGUAACAUUGCACAUAAUACAAGAUGAUUUUGAUGACAAAGUGCAGUGUAAAGUAUUAGAUUGCGAUAGCAUUUCACAAGUCAAAGGUAAAAUAUUAGACGCUUUAUUUAAAAAUACGCCAUUUAGUUUACGUCCCUCCGUCCAUGAAGUUGAUCUAGAGUGGAGGCAUGGCAGAGGUGGUCAUGUCACUCUCCAAGAUGAAGACGUCACUACUAAAACAUUAAAUGGCUGGCGUAAAUUGAACACUUUAGCCCAUUAUGGCGUAAAAGAAUCUGCUGUUAUGUCCCUAAUACCUCGUCAAAAUGAUAGUUUUAAUACGCCAUAUAAGAUACCAUGCAAAAAUUGCACUGGAAUAUACUGUACAAACUCACAUAUACGUGUUUAUAAGAGCGAUAUAUCGGAUCAAAAUGUUCAUUAUUAUCACCUAGUCAAGCCUAUCGAAUACCAACAUAUCGUCAAUAAGUCAUCGGAGCAUAGUCAUAAAGCUAUUCCAGAAAUUUUUCUAACUCGAUUGCUUUCAACAAAGGGUACGGUGCACAAAUUUGUAGAUGAUUUCUUUGGUACGAUAUUAACUGUAAAUGAAGUACUACCUCCAGCUGUUAAAUGGUUGUUUGAUCUAUUUGAUGAUGCAGCUCGUUCACACGGUAUUAUAAAUCCGGAGGUAGUACAUGCUUGGAAAUCUAACAGCUUACCUCUAAGAUUUUGGGUAAAUCUCAUAAAAAAUCCAGAUUUCAUAUUUGAUAUUAAUAAAACUGCAACGGUAGAUUCGUCACUUUCAGUAAUCGCCCAAACGUUUAUGGACGCGUGUUCAUUAUCGGAACACCGACUAUGUAAAGAUUCUCCAUCCAAUAAAUUGUUAUUUGCAAAAGACUUACCGACAUAUAGAGACAUGGUUAUCCAUUUUUAUCAAGCCGUGUCUCAAUUACCUCAAGUUACUGACCAAGAGCUGAGUACUUCGAUGCAGCAGCUUUCCGUGGAACAGCUUAAUGAAUUCGAUACACUUUCGGCUUUGAAAGAGCUGUACAUUUAUGUCAGUAAAUAUAGAGAACCAAUUGUGUUAGGUUUAGAAAAUAAAAUGCACUUAGCCCAUAAAUUAGAUAACAUAGCAUGCACUAUGGAAGGUGAUCCGUCAUCCAUAUGCUGACUAUAUGAUAAUGUAAGUUACAAUUUAAUUGCAUUUAAAUGAUUUAUUUAAUAAGUACACUAAAUAUUUUGUAAAAUAUAAAAGCUUUAAUUUAUUAUAAAAUACUCAGAUUGACACAUUUGUAAAGAAAGACUGUAUAGUACCAGUUCCAUAUUUCUAGUUAGAAUGUUAUAACGGAUAGAUUUUUUUUUAAUUCACUUUGGAUUAAUGCGACAUACUUAUAAACAGUGAGAUUAAUUUGUCCGUAAGUUUAAUACAACUGUUUUUCUAUUAUGUAAUAUGAUCUAUUAAAAAUUAAAAUAUGUUUAAGUCUUCAAUCACUCCCAGUGGCCAUAUUUUAUAAUCUCGUGACAUUUUUUAUUAUAAGAAGUUUGAAUAAAAGUUUAUAAAAUUAUAUUGCUCUCCUUCAUGUUUUCAUGGUUUUCAAAGUAUUAUGUGGUCUGGCACUGAAAUAUUUAUUGUAAUUUAUAAUGACAAGUAUAUUACUAUGACGCUAAAUACUUAAAUAUUGAUGUGUAUUUGCUAAGUUUAAUAUGUGUAAAGAGAAAUACGAUUUAAGAAAAAUGUUGUGAUAUUUGUAUUUGGAAUAUACAUAACGUUUCUUGCUUAUAUGUUGUCUUUUGUUUUUUUUAAUACUUUGUAUAUUUUUAGUUAAUAGAAAUUGAAAGAAUCUCAUUUUUGCUCAUUAUCUGUUAUUGUGUUUGAAUCUCUAUGGUCUGUAUUAGCACUAAGUUACAGCGUCAUUUUAUUCCAAUUACAAAAUAAUUUAAGUAUCUAGAUGUAAUUUAUUGAUUGUAAGGCAGCGUAACUUCACCCGUCUCUUAAAAUUUUAUAUUUAAUGACCUAGAAAUAUACUUAUUU